UAAGCCAUGAUGGUGGAAUCUGCAUCAGAGGCAAUACGAAGCACAUCAGCCAAUCAAAAUGGAAUUAGUAGUUUAAGCAGCCAGUCGGAUGGUGGAGGGCGAGAAGGUGGCUCAAAUGGGGAUGCAAAUGGAGAAGUGAGUCCUGUGGAUCUGUUACACCUUCAACAGCAGCAGGUGCAGGCUCUUCAAGCAGCAAGACAACUCCUCCUGCAACAGGCAACUGGCCUCAACUCUCCUCCAGCCAAUGACAAGCAACAGCAGACAGUCCAGGACUUUCCUAACCAACCUAUUCCGAGAUGUCAUUACACACCUCUGGAGCAGGUACCUGUGUCCGUGGCUAUGAUGAGCCCGCAGGUGAUCACUCCACAACAGAUGCAGCAGAUUCUGUCUCCUCCCCAGCUGCAGGCGUUACUGCAACAGCAGCAAGCUGUCAUGUUACAGCAGCUUCAAGAGUAUUACAAGAAGCAACAAGAACAAUUACACCUUCAGCUGCUAACUCAACAACAACAGCAACAACAGCAACAACAGCAGCAACAAGCCAUCAAACAGUCGAAAGAGCAGCUGGGGAAUAAGCAGCUUGCCUUCCAGCAGCAGUUCCUUCAAAUGCAGCAGCUUCAACAACAGCAUCUUCUAAACCUCCAGAGGCAGGGACUGGUGACACUGCAACCCGGACAGCCCACUGUCCCUCUGCAAACACUCGCACAAGCAAUGUGUCCAGCAGACCUUCAACAACUGUGGAAAGAAGUGACCAGUGUGCAAAGCAUGGAGGACCCUCAGAAGAGUGAUAGUCUCGACCUCUCAACCAGCAGCUCCACCUCUACCUCUUUCCUAACGUCAAAGAGCUCACCUUCAAUAUCCCAUCAUCCUUUGUUGAAUGGACAGAACAGCAUUCACACUCCAAAGAGAGAAAGCUUGUCCCAUGAAGAAGCCACAGGUGUCCACCCUCUGUUUGGACAUGGAGAAUGUAAAUGGCCAGGUUGUGAAGCUCUGUGUGAUGAUGUGGGGCAGUUUCUAAAGCACCUCAGCAACGAACACGCACUUGAUGAUCGCAGCACAGCCCAGUGUCGGGUUCAGAUGCAAGUCGUACAACAACUAGAAAUUCAGCUGUCCAAGGAGACUGAACGCCUCCAGGCCAUGAUGGCUCACCUACACAUGAGGCCUUCAGACCCAAAGCCUUUCGCACAGCCUCUGAACCUGGUGUCGAAUGUUACGCUUUCCAAGAGCUCUUCGGACAUUUUCCCAGAAAGUUUACCUCACACACCAACUUCAGCCGCUACACCAAUCACCCCUGUGAGACAGGCCCCCUCAGUCAUCAGCUCGGCAAGUUUACAUAAUAUGGGUGCAAUUCGGAGGAGGCAUUCGGAUAAAUACUGCAUGCCAUUAUCUUCAGAACUUGCUCAGAAUCACGAAUUUUAUAAGAAUGCAGAUGUUCGACCUCCUUUUACAUACGCUUCCCUCAUCCGGCAGGCAAUUUUGGAAGCGCCCGACAGGCAGUUAACACUCAAUGAAAUCUAUAACUGGUUUACAAGAAUGUUUGCGUACUUUCGCAGAAACACGGCUACAUGGAAGAACGCCGUGCGACACAACCUCAGCCUUCACAAGUGUUUUGUACGAGUGGAGAAUGUGAAAGGGGCAGUUUGGACAGUGGAUGAAGUGGAGUACCAAAAGCGCAGGCCACCAAAGAUGACCGGAAGUCCAACUCUCGUGAAGAAUGUGAUUACGGGACUUGGAUAUGGAGGAGCACUUAACCCCAGCUAUCAGGCAGCUUUGGCUGAAAGCAACAUGCAGCUCCUCAACAGUCCGAGCUUAAUGAACCCGUCAGCUAGUGGCUUGAUGCAUGUAGCUCACGAUGACGUCAGCAGCACUGUGGAGCAAGUGAACAGUAAUGGGAGCAGCAGUCCUGGUCUCUCCCCUCAACAGCACGGGCACCAGGUCCAUAUCAAGGAGGAGCCUGCAGAGUUGGAGGAGGAUGAUCCAUCUGUCUCGAUUAUUGCGACAGCCAAUGUGAAUUCAGAAAUGCAGGACGCGAGAGAGAUGGAGGAGGAGCUAACAGCAGAAGAAUUGGAAUAAAAUGGAACUCAAGCACUUCAACGUAUUAAAAAAUACAAAAAAAACAGGGUCAGACCUCAUAACCUGCACAUCCAUCAGAACAGCAUCUCCUGAGCUAACUCACCUGGGACUGAGAGAUCAAAGCAAGGAGCACGUUCUUCAAAUACCAACAGAUACUUGAAGACUCUAAUGGCAGCUUUAGUUAGCCAUUAGCAAUGGAGCAUGGACACAACCAAUUUAUUUGGUGUAGACCAAAUGACUCCAAUUUAUCAAAGCGAGACUGGUGACCAUUUUAUUAACUUUCUUCCCAAAUGUUUUGUCGCUAAAACAGAGAUGGUUAUUAGUCUUCUGGACUGCCAGGUAUUCACACAGAGCUGCAAUGUGAAUAAGUAUGUAUUCACUGCUAGGGCCCCAAACAGACUUUUUCAACCUGCUUUAAAGGUACCUCAAUUUGAAUUUUUUCUAUUCAAUGCUGUAGAUAGCUCAACAGGCACAUUGCAUUCGAGCAGAGAGCAACUGCGGAACUGUUUCUGGGGUAUCAGAUCCGUCUCACAGGCGUUGACAUCUGAGGAAAUCCAGACGAAAGAUCCAUCUCUGAAAGUGUUAACUUGUCUUUAAACUCUCCCACUGCUAUUUUAAUUUUUUUGUGUUUUUA